CACGAAGUGGUCAUUCCUCGGGAGCCGCCUAUUAUACAGGAGAUAACGUCAGUGAUAAGGGAAUGGGGAGUGAUUUGGAAGAAACUCUAUGUCACAUCAAACCCUGACUUUAAGAUAGUACGCGAAAUGAUGUAUGAAUUGAUGACUUGGAGGAAACAGAUUAUGUCGGGAACACUACCGGCAGACGAGAUGAAGGAAUUGAAACAGAAAGUGACCGCAAAGAUAGAUCAGGGAAACGCAAUCUUAGGCUUGGAUUUAGUGGUUCGCGACGAUUCCGGCAAUAUUCUCAACCCUGAGAUCACAAAACAAGNGGCCACCGAUCGGAUCAAACAAUUGGCGCUCAAUAUUGAAUACAAGAACAAGAGGUCGUCCUCUCGUUAUAACCACAAUCUUUACGUUACGGUCAAGAACUUUGUCUGUCGUAUCGGCGAAGACGCGGACCUUCUCAUGACGUUAUAUGACGGCAAAGAAUGCGCUUUUAUUAGCGAAAACUAUUUGGUUAAGUGGGGCAAAGAGGGACUCAUGCGAGACUUGGAUCAACUCAACAAUCUUCGGGUGGUUUUUGCGGAUCUCGGGAGCAAAGACUUGGCCCGAGAAAAGGUGUAUUUGGUUUGUCAAACCAUUCGUAUCGGAGGAAUGGAAUUAAAAGAAGAGACACGAAAUGUACGGAAGAGUCAUCACCAGAAUAUGAAGAGGUCUUCGGAUGGUCUGAGGCGUCCAUUCGGUGUCGCAGUGAUGGACAUAACGGACUUUUUUAACGGCAAGUUUGAAACGGACGAAGAGAAGCAGCACUUCAUACCAUUCGCUCAGUGCGGAGAAAGGGAUUCGUUGGACGCCGUGAUCCGGAAGAUCAUAUCCGCGCGAGAGAUCAGCCAAAAGGAGUGCAAAGGUCAGGGACUGUUCGUAUCGAUCAAACUACUCCACGGCGACCAAAAGCAGAUACGCGAAGAAUACGCUCAUUUGGUCUCUCCGUUCACAUCAGUUGCGCGCAAAAUGGGUUUUCCGGAAGUGAUACUUCCCGGAGAUAUCAGAAACGACUUGUAUCUGACACUCGUUAGCGGAGAGUUCAGUAAAGGGAGCAAAAAGUCGGAACGCAAUGUUGAAGUGACUGUCAAAGUAUGCAACGAAAAGUCACAAACAUUGCAAAAUUGCUUGAGUUUUGGCGCCGGUUCUGAACCGAUGAGCGAAUACAGAAGCGUUGUCUACUAUCACGAAGAGAGACCCAAAUGGAUGGAAACUCUGAAGAUAUCGAUUCCUAUCGAGGAGUUCUAUGGCGGACACUUGAAGUUCACAUUCAGACACCGAUCCUCUAAUGAUAAUAAGGAUAAAUCGGAGAAACCGUUUGCCAUGUCUUUCAUACGACUAAUGAACGAAAACGGGACC